CAACUAAGUGGUAUAUUAUGGAUUUACAAGAAAUGGCUGGCGUCUGAAUAUCUUCCUCUUGACAUAUUUAUGCCUUAUAACCAAAUCAAUAAAUAUUUUGAAAAUUAUAGAAUUGGUCCAUUCAUUUUGUCUAUUGCUAUGUAUGAUCAAUUGAAGAUGGCAGAUAAGAAUGUACAACUUGAUAUAUUGGAUAGUUGGAUAAGUACUAAUAUCAGUGCAGAAAUAUUAAAAUACCCUCAGUUUAUGCGAGCAUUAACUAUAGCUAUUAUUAUUGAAUGUUUGUGUAAGUCAUUUCUUCUGCGAUUAUACUAAAACAGUUACUUGAUU